CGUAUAAUGACCUGUUACCAAGGCAGCCAGGAAGAAGCUGGAAAAGCUGUGAAGGGAGCGGACCGAUCUGCUAUGGGCAUCCGAAAAGGCUGAUCACUUUUUUUCAGCUUAGGCUGCCACCAUGGGCACCGCAUCCUCUUUGGUCAGCCCAGGAGAGGUAAUUGAGGAUGGAUAUGGAGGUGAAGGAGGGGAAGCCUGUGAGAUCCCAGUUGAGGUCAAGCCCAAAGCCCGACUCCUGCGCAGUUCCUUUCGCAGAGGACCCCGGGUGAUUGGGGCCAGUUUUAAAUCCACAGGUUCUGUGGAUCUAGAGUAUGCUGCUGAGUAUGAAAGACUCCGUAAAGAGUAUGAAAUCUUUCGCGUCAGUAAAAAUAAUGAGAUCGCAUCCAUGCAAAAGAAGGAGUCUAAGCUGGAUGAGGAGAACAAGAGGCUGAGGGCUGAGCUACAGGCUCUGCAGAAGACCUACCAGAAGAUCCUUAGAGAAAAAGAGAGUGCUCUUGAGGCAAAGUAUCAAGCUAUGGAAAGGGCUGCCACCUUUGAACAUGACAGGGACAAAGUAAAACGACAGUUUAAGAUUUUCCGGGAGACAAAAGAAAAGGAGAUUCAGGAUCUCCUGCGCGCCAAGAGGGACUUGGAGGCCAAACUGCAACAGUUGCAAGCUCAGGGCAUUCAGGUCUAUGACCUCAAUGAUUCAGACUCAGAUGACAACCAAACCACGGUUACUGCUGCAGGGACACAGUGUGAGUACUGGUCUGGUGGUGUGCUGGGAAGUGAGCCCUCUAUGGGUAGCAUGAUGCAGUUGCAACAGACAUUCAGGGGACCGGAGUUUGCCCACAGUUUGAUAGAUGUGGAGGGACCCUUUGCAAAUGUGAGCAGAGAUGACUGGGAUGCUGCAGUGGCCAGUCUGCUUCAGGUCUCCCCUCAUGUACCCCAGGCCUUAUGGAGUAACACAGUGCGCUGCUUCCUGAUCUUUACCCAGGAGACCAAAGCAGAGCUUGAUGUCUUUAUAAAGAAACACUCUCCUGUGUUACGGAGAAUGUGUGAGGGUCUUGGCCAUUUCUACUUGAAUGUCUGCUUUCCAGAGGAGAAUGCUGCCUCUUAUGCUGUGGAGCGCAAGCAGGAGAUUGAAAGGAGCUCUGUGUGUGUGCUUCUUGUCAAAUCUACUGUCACCAGCUCUGUGGUGGAAGAUUGUGAGGAGGCUUUUGUGCAGAAUCCAGAUGGCCAUCCACUAGUGCUCUACCUCAGGACUGAAGAAGAUCACAAUUUGACUGGACCCACUAGGCAACUGCUAGAAAGGGUCAAUGCUGCAGACAAGGCUGCUAAAGUCAAGGUGGUGGAUCAUAGUGGUUCUGCAGAGGAGGGGGCUGAACUGAUUUAUUCUCAACUUGAGAAAGUCAUCAAACAGGAGUUGCUGGCUAUUCAAGGAGAAGAUGUUGACUCUAAGGACUCUGGGAUAGAGGAGGGACACGAGGAAGACUCAGAUGUGCUGUGGGACCUGCAUGACGAGCAGGAACAGAUUGAGUCCUACCAGCAGGCCCGUAGCAGCACCACCUCCCAGUUAGGCUUCCAGAAGUAUAUAGAUCGUUUGAAUGACAUGAUAGCUGCUCCCCCUCCUACCCCUCCUCUGCUGGUGUCUGGUGGUCCAGGCUCAGGAAAGUCUCUCCUGCUCUCCAAAUGGAUUGAGCAGCUGCAGAAGCAGUCCCCCAACACCUUGUUCCUUUAUCAUUUUGUUGGUCGCCCACUUUCCACAAGCUCAGAGCCGGUUCUCAUUAUCAAACGCCUCACGGUCAAACUGCUGCAGCACUUCUGGUCUAUUUCUGGCCUGUCCAUGGAGCCCAGUAAGAUCUUAGAAGAGUUUCCUCGCUGGCUUGAAAGACUAUCAGCACGCCAUCAAGGAAACAUUAUCAUUAUCAUUGACUCCAUUGACCAAAUACAGCAAGCAGAAAGAAACAUGAAGUGGCUGAUUGACCCUCUCCCUGUCAAUGUCAGAGUGGUGGUGUCCGUCAAUGUAGAGACAUGUCCUCAAGCUUGGAGGUUAUGGCCCACACUCCAUUUAGACCCACUGAGUCCCAGAGAGGUCAAGAGCAUUGUUAAUGCAGAGUGCCAGAGCAUGGAUCUCAAACUUACCAAGGACCAGGAGAAGAAACUGGAAAGGCACAGUCGAUCUGCAACAACCUGCAAUGCAUUGUAUGUCACACUACUGGCAAGAAUGAUGAUCAGCAGCAUAGCAGGUUGGUCACUGGAAAAGUGCCUGGAGCAGUGUCUACAGUGCCAGGACACCAUGUCACUCUACCGUCUGGCACUGAAGAUGAUGCUGAACUCCCUUAACACAGACAGAGAGCAACACAUUAUGAGAGAGAUACUGUGCCUUGUGUGUGCCAGCCAUAAUGGAGUUAGUGAAUCAGAGGUACUCGACCUUUUCCCGGACCUGGAAUUGCCUGUCCUGUCCUCUGUGCUUUACCAUCUGAACAGACUCUGCAUUGUAACCCUCCGUUGUGGGCUCAUCAGGUUUCAACACCUGCAGGCUUGGGAAGCUGUGAGGUUGGAGUUCCUGGGUGGAGGAAGUAGCUUGCCUUCUUACAGACAGAAACUCAUACAGUACUUUAGUCAGCAAUUAAGCCAGGAUCAUGUGACAUGGCGUGUUGCAGAUGAACUGCCAUGGCUGCUCCAACAGCAGGAGGAUAGGACUAAACUACAGCUUAGCCUCCUGAACCUGUUUGUCUCACAAAACCUCUACAAGAGGGGUCAUUUUUCUGAGCUGCUGGCCUAUUGGCAAUAUGUGGGCAAAGACAAAAGCUCCAUGGCCACUGAGUACUUUGACUCCCUAAAACACUAUGAGAAGAGCUGUGAGAGCGACGACACCAUGACCAAGCUGGCAAACCUGUAUGAGACCUUGGGACGUUUCCUCAAAGAUCUGGGCCUCCCUAGUCAGGCUGUAGCGCCUUUACAGAGGUCCCUUGAGAUUAGGGAGACAGCCUUGGACCCGGACCAUCCCAGCGUUGCUCGCUCUCUGCACCAGCUGGCCGGGGUUUAUGUUCAGUGGAAGAAGUAUGGUAACGCUGAGCAGCUGUACAAGCAGGCCCUGGAGAUAAGUGAGAAUGCAUACGGAGCGGAGCAUGCAAGCGUAGCACGAGAGCUGGAGUCACUCGCCAUGCUCUAUCAGAAACAAAACAAAUAUGAACAAGCAGAAAAACUCAGGAAGAGGUCAGUGAAGAUCCGUCAGAAGACUGCUCGCCAGAAAGGUCAUAUGUAUGGCUUUACUUUGUUGAGGCGCAGAGCCCUACAGCUGGAAGAGCUGACUCUGGGAAAAGACUCUGCAGACUCUGCCAAGACACUUAAUGAACUGGGUGUCUUGUACUACCUCCAAAACAACCUGGAUGCAGCCAAGAUGUUCUUGACCCGCUCUCUGGAGAUGCGUCAACGUGUCCUUGGUCCAGAUCACCCAGACUGUGCUCAGUCCCUCAACAACCUGGCUGCACUGCACACAGAGAGAAGGGAGUAUGAGACGUCUGAAGACAUGUAUGAGAGGGCGUUAGAUAUUCGCAAGAGGGCCUUGUCCCCAGACCACCCCUCACUGGCAUACACACUCAAACACCUAGCCAUGCUCUAUAAACGCAGAGGAAAGCUGGAAAAGGCUGUGCCACUGUAUGAGCUGUCUCUGGAAAUCAGGGAAAAAAGUUUUGGGCCCAAACACCCUAGUGUGGCCACAGCACUGGUCAACCUGGCUGUGAUCUACUGCCAACUAAAGAAGCACAGUGAUGCCUUGCCUCUUUAUGAACGAGCGCUGAAAGUGUAUGAGGAUAGUUUGGGGCGCUCACACCCACGUGUCGGAGAGACUCUAAAAAACUUGGCUGUGCUAAGCUAUGAAGAGGGUGACUUCGAGAAGGCAGCAGAGCUUUACAAACGUGCAAUGGAGAUAAAGGAGGCAGAGCCAUCUUUGGUGUGUGGGAACGCCCCCUCCCGCCACUCCUCCAGUGGGGACACGUUCAGUUUGAGAGGACCUGCUCCCCUCCCACAUGCUCCGAGGUGACUCUGCUCAGCCACUCAUUGCCACAAAAACUCACAGGCUGUUGACAGCUCUAACUACCGUCAAAAAACAAAAAACAUCAGACCCCAUGGUUUAAUGAAAAACCAAAAAUAGAAACCAUUCUGGUCAUCACACUGCAAUUAUUGUCUAGAUGGAGGUUUUAGUAUUUAUUAAUAUUUCUAAUAAUCAUAUGUGUAAGGAACCUUUGUUAUAGCAGUCCGGUUUACAUGAAUUGUUAACUUUGUUCCUAUUUACAUGCCUCAGUGUAUAUCAGCAAAAUAGCAGCACAGAUUAAUUAGCUGGCAUGGAAUGCCAUGAGGGCUUGGCAUAUCAUAACCCAUAAAACAUGAUUAAUAACCAGACACAUUCUGUGCUUUACAAUGUACAGCAAAUAUUACAAUUUGCACUUUUUUAUAAACUUUCCUUUUUGUAAACUAGUAGUGAAUGAAUAACCCCCAAAAACAUAGUUAAAAAAAGGCCUCUCAAGCUUAUUUUAAGGAAAUUAACUAUCAAACAUUUCAACAUCUCCGUAUGAUCAUGUUGUUUAUCUCUUAGCAAGUGUUCAGACCUCAAACAAUUUUCGUUGCUAUGUCAACAUUUCUGUCUCAAAAAUCAUCAAUGUUCAUAUUGUAAAAAAAUUGUAUAUUUAUAUGCUGUUAAGAUACCAUUUGUUUGCAUUACUUAACUUUUGCCUACCAGUAUUAAGUAUUUAAUCCAAAAAGAAAAAAACAAAGACAAUUGUCAAAAAUCAACCAUUAACCAUGUCGUCAAAGACAUCUCCGAUACUGAUUUCAUGCUUUGUUUAUGCAAAACUAAAUGGCUGUGCAUUUAUUCAUCAAGCUGUGGUUAUGGUUAUUUUGGGCUUUGUUGGCAAAAAUUCCAAAAUAACCUUUUAGCAUAUUGUUGUUCUUCUACCCACUGCAGCUUCAACAAACAUAAUAGUCCCACACAAGUGUCCAGGUUAAAGUACAAUAAAGUAAUAUUUUGGUACACGGUGUACCAAAACCUACUUUCUCAUUUCCUUAUUAUAGUACAUACUGUGUAUCUUACGUGUUGCUUAUAUAAUAAUGUAUUAAUAUAAUGUAAUUAAAAUCUAUAAAAGCUGUACAGGACAACAACAAAAAUCACAUCCAAUAUAUCAAGAAGAUUGUAUUCCAUCUAAUAAAUACUUUAUUGAGACAACU